AUGGCGUCUACUCCGCUCAAGCUCAUCUCACUAACCACCGUCGUGGAAUUACAGGAAGAUCGACUGGCCCUGGUGCAUAUUCCACUGGAUCUCUACCCGUUCUUCCUCAACCCGAUUCUGCAGGUGCUCUUUCAUGAGGUAUCUCCGAUCGCUGAGGCUCGAACGGAAGGCCAGGACUUCGGCCGUGCCGAAAUGCUCAAACAUACGCAGCCCGCAUUCUUAAACCUCUCUAUCACCCCGGUGGAAUGCUCCAUCAUGUGUCCAAGACAGCUUGCCAAUCAGUACUUCGCGCCAUUGGUCGAUAAGUUUCUUCGCAACAAUUCGUCCAGCCAGAGUCGCCUGUCGAUCAGCCACGAUGAUUUCAUUGCCAUGCAGGUGUACGGCGAGGGUCUGGAAGCUGGCCAGCGGGUCCUGGAACUCACCCGGCCACUGGCCAUGGCUGGAAUCUCCAUCUUCUUCAUCUCGACCUACUUCUCGGAUUACAUCAUUGUCCCCCUGCGCAGCAAGACUCAAGUGAUCGAGACGCUGGAGAAGCGUGGCUUCCAGUUCGAACUGUCAACGGAGGCGUUCAUCAACAACAAUCAGGCUCAAUACGGUAGCUGCUUCAGUCCUGUUUCCUCUCGUUCGGCAAGUAGUUUGAGUUCCCCUCCGGCCACUCCUCCCCCUUCGUCUUUAGAUGAACUACAAGUGCGCACAUUCUCGUCACUACGCAAGAACCACAUCAUCCCAUCUGUCGAUCGCUCGCUUCGUCUGGUGCAUUGUGCAGCCCACCAUCAAUUCAGCAGCAACACCAGCUCGAUUGAGAUUCUGCGCGAGGCCCUCACCACUACAUUGAUUGUUGACAAGCCACGGUUCUUGUCACUUACCUUGACCGCUGCUGACCCCGCGGCAUCUCUACUUCUGGAGAAACGGCUUCUUCCGCGGUUCUCGCAUGGGAACUCCACAACUGCGGACGAAGAUGAUGAGUCCAGUCUUUUACUCGGGUCGAAGGAGGAGAUAUUAGUUCCCAUCAUGCUGGAUCUCCGCAAACUGCCCCUUGAGGCGACAGGCAUCGUUUGUGGCGUUGCUAGUCGACUGGCCGAUGCUACUCAUGCCCGAGACGAUGAGGACACCGAUGUCUCCACCUUCCUGUCUCGUUCCUACAAUGGUUCGGGCACCUCUCUGGACAGUGCCUUCAAACCCUUCCUCUCCUCCAGCUGGGGAUCCGGCGGACCAGUGCGACCUCUUGGCCUCGACGCCAACGUUGCAACCCAUCGCUUGCAACCGGACAUGGACCUGUCGAUGGAUGCCGUGGAAAUAAGUUUCCUCAGCACGGCCCGCGCGGGCACCAUUCUGGUUGGUGAGCAUGAGUUGCACCGAGCCGUGGAAGCCUUGGAAGCGGAAAGUCACGAGCCCGAAGCCGCAAUUGAGGCUCUCGAGAUUUAG